UGUCAAUGCUCACUAGCACUGCCUGCCAUCCACGAUUCCACGCUGAUGGUCCAGGCCGUCCAGUGCUUGAAGAACCAGCAGAAUAAGCACUCAGCCCACUAGGCACAAGGUUAGCACAGAUCCCACUGCCCCAGAGCCAAAACCUGGGGUCCAGCUGUAUCCAGGUAGGAGCACCGCGACACAUGUAAAGAGACAUUUAGGCCGCACUACACCACUCUGCAUUCCUUCUAAACCUAGGACGUGAUAUAGAGAGCCCUGGGGGGAGGUGUCCCGUUGCAUAUGCUAAAGAUAUUAAAAAGGUUCAACAAUUUGACCAACAACAUGAAACUAUCGAACUAUCUGUCCUCAACAGUAACUCUAAAUGUUAAGUCGAUGUCAUUGGCUUCUUUUAGUUCACUUUCAUUGAUAUUCAUCUUCAUAUAUGUUAAGUUCACUUUCAUCACAGAAGAAAAAGCUCACCUACAUCAUUUACCUAAUGAGAUGACUUGUCCUGAUUCAAUCCCAAAUGAACUUAAUAGUUCUCAAAUGAAUGCAACCAGUGGUGGCAUCUUCUUCUUGGAGACCUCAGACAAGACUAGUCCAACCUUUCAAGUAAUGUGUGCUGUAGAGUCAGCAGCUCGAGCCAACCCCAACACAAAAAUAACUAUAAUGAUGAAUGGGUUAACAGCCAACAACCAAUCAAUACCUCUAAAUUUUGGCAUUUCUCUUCUCAGUUGCUUCUCAAAUGUAGAGUUUGUUCCACUUGACUUCAAGAAACUGUUUAUGGAUACGCCUCUGAGCAUGUGGUACUCCAAAGUAGAAAAGCACUGGGAAUCAGUGGACUACCCAACUCUAUCAGAUGCCUGUCGGUUGGCUACCCUCUGGAAAUGGGGUGGGAUUUACCUGGAUACAGAUUUCAUAGUCCUCAAGAAUUUAGUAAAUAUCACAAAUUCGAUGUGCCUACAAUCAUUGUACAUCGUCAAUGGAGCCUUCCUCACCUUCCAACCUCAGCACAAGUUCAUUGAGCUCUGCAUGAGGGACUUUGUAAACACUUACAACUACUGGUUGUAUGGGCAUCAAGGUCCUCAGCUUCUGACUAGGGUAUACAAGAGGUGGUGUGGGAUUCAUAGACUUAGAGACAAGAAGAGCUGUAGGGGAGUAAACAUUCUUCCCAAGGAAGCCUUCUAUCCAGUUGACUGGCAGGACUGGAAAAAGUACUUUGAGGUGAUUGACCCAAAAGAGAUGAAGAUGCUAUUGAGAAACAGCUAUGGUGUGCACCUUUGGAAUAAAAAAAGCCAAGGACGUCGCCUGGAAAACGGCUCUUUUUUGGAACAUCUUCAGUUGAAGCACUGUCCUACAACUAACAGUUUAAUGAAGAUGUAUCUUUAAGAAGAUGUCAAACUAAUCACAAUGGCCUAUCCUCUGGACAAUCGGGACCCCUGGCGAUCAGCUGUUUGGGAAGGCACAGGUGUAGGGCUGAAACGAUUAUUCGAAUAACUCGAUUAAAUCGAGUCAAAAAAUUCAUCGAUG